UCAAAAGAGGGAGGAGAAGAACAGGAGGAGGAGGAGGGAGGCCAGCCAGCUAGCUAUCAGCAUCAACACCCUCGACCACAACUACUUCUUCUCCAAAAGCAUCAACAACAGCGUCGGGAUCCUCCUCCACGUCCAGAUUGAUUGGCCCAUCAUUUUCGGCCAACUGGCCCGUGGUUCGCCCAUCUCUUGAGGGGGUCGAUCCAUGUCUGGCACUCUCCCCGUGUUCCAAUCCCGGGUGCAGAGGGACAUGGUAGUGGUCUUGCUAUUAGUGUCAGUAUCAUAAUUGGGAGCCACCACCCAUCGCAGCUUAUGAAGGCUCGCCCUUGAGCCAGACUCACCCGGCUAGCUUGUGAGAAGUUGGGAGUGAAGUGCAGUGGGCGUGUCCGACGCCAUGACGGCGGAUGGUUCGUGUUGUUGCUCUGGUUGCUGAAAGGCCGGUGGGUGUGAUCGUCCACUAUGGGCGAGAUGGGCACGGAUCCGUCGGCGGAGAUAGAUAUGCUGGCCAAGGCCCGGAUUGAAAGACUCGAAAUUGUCCACCGUUAUGAUCAAGGCCGCGAAGAAGGGGCCAAGAUUGACGAUUGGGAAGAUCCCAAGUUGGAGAUCUACCAUGCCCAAGAUCGAUACGGAUUCAUACAUGAUCAACGCCUCCCUGACCGUGGACGGAGUGAGAAGGAGCAAAAACAACUGAAACUGGAACGCGAACGAAGUCUCAAGUGGGUGCACAUGUUGAACGAUGAGCACAAGUUCUUUGGAAUCAAGGCCAAGCACAGGGAGAAGAUGAUCAAUCGCAUUUAUAAGGGCAUUCCUGACUCCGUGCGGGGGCGGGUUUGGUGCAUCAUCCUCGAGAUUGAAAAAUAUAAGAAAGAACAGAAAGGAGUCUACCAGGCCAUGAAGAACCUGGCUCGGCAGCAUUCGCCGGAUAUUCGUCAGAUCGACCUGGAUGUGAACCGCACCUACCGGGAUCACAUCAUGUUCCGCCAGCGGUACAACCAGCGCCAACAGGCGCUGUUCCAUGUGCUGGCCGCGUACUCCAUGUACAACUCGGAGGUGGGCUAUUGUCAGGGCAUGUCCCAGAUCGCUGCACUCCUGCUCAUGUACCUGAACGAAGAGGAGGACGCAUUUUGGGCCCUCUCCAGGCUCAUGGUCCACCCCAAAUAUAAUAUGCACGGUUUCUUCAUCCAAGGAUUCCCCAAACUUCUCCGAUUCCAAGCCCACCAUGAGAAAGUGCUAAAAAAGUUCAUGCCCAAGCUGAAGAAACAUUUGGACAAGAAUGGCAUCGACACCGGGAUCUACACUCUCAAGUGGUUUUUCCAAUGCUUUCUCGACCGGAUACCCUUCAGUUUGACUCUACGUGUGUGGGAUCUGUACUUACUCGAGGGUGAGCGAGUCAUGAUUGGCAUGGCUUACAACAUCUUGCGGAUGCAUCGACGCCAUCUCAUGAAAUUAGGCAUGGACGAGCUCAUCGAGUUCCUUCAGAUGAACCUGGAGAAGGACUACGGCUACGACGACGACGUGGUAAUCGAUAAACUCCGCGAAGUCAUCAGUGAGCUGAGCAGCAAUCGCUUGGACUCCCCCGGACGACCCCCUGCCAAUGAGCUGCCUCAAAAGCCGUUCGGGGAGGUGCCCAAGUUGUCGCCGGAACGGGAAAUCGGAUACCGCACCGGAUUCACGGCCAAGGAGCGCGAGUUCAGCAACCACACCAUUCAACGCCAAAAUGAAACGGAGAAACGCCUCCAAAGAGAGAUUUCCUCCAACAGCGUCGGUUACGACGAAGAAGGGUCAGAUAUCCAAAGUUUGGACGGAGACGAGACGAGUCAGCUGGCGGACAACCUCAUGAACAACUCCUCGGCCACUGGGGGCUUCAGUAGUAGCCUGGGCGGGAACGACGCUUCCGACUCCGUGGACCUGGGUGGAAUCCUCCCAGAUACCUCCUUUGACUCCAUUGAGGCCCCUCUUAAGCUCAGUAGUCCCCAGAAACGGUCCCAAGGCCCUCCGUCGAGGCCGAAAUCCGAGGCCAUUGAUCGCUUGGACGACUCCGUCCGCAUGAUGCUGCAAAACGCCGAGCUCAACGGCGAGAUCACGGACGGCUUCGACGACGAUGACGAUGUAGUCUACCGGCGCAGCAAGAGUAGUGCUAGUCAUUAUCCCACGCCCGCCUCCGCGCCCUCCUCUUCUUCGUCGGGCAAUGUGGGCAAGCGUCACUCUUACCAGACGUCUUCCAAUGGCAAUCUCGUAGCGGGAUACCGGACCACCAACGGCGUCUUGAAUACCUCUCGGAGUUGUUACGAGGAGGAGCGCAUCCACCACAGUGUGACUCGGAAAGAGGUGCAAACGUCGAAACACGUGACGAGUAGCACGAGCUCGAGUCGUCAGCAAGAAAUGGUCAUUACCAAGGGCGACCGCAUUCGCAUCAAGGUCCCCUACACGCCCCCGCCUUCAGCAUCGAGUAAGGAGGCCGAGGGCGAGGUCCGGAUCUCCCAGCAGACCUCCAACCUGGUCAGUAGUCAGUCCAUGUCCACGUCUUUGAACGAGGAAGGCCGAAGAGGCGAGGGAGGUCGAGCACUUUUUGGAAUUGUUUUUGGACCAAAAUAGUCGUUUCCAUUUCUUUUUCACCUACCCCACCUGUGUAUGCCAAAUAUAUAUAUAUUUAUGUCUCCCGCAAUUGUUUCAUUCAAACCCAAAGUUACCCCCGGGUCCCUACCACCUACAUCCUCCCUACUCGAGAAAGAACAACUACAAAACAAAACAAAACAUCCACCCACAAUUGAAGCAAAACUGAAAAUUGUUAUAUUUUACAACAAAAAUAAAAGAUACGAAAGUCCUGACAAAAA